AUCUCUGUUGAUAUGCUUAUCCUAGUAAUUGUGUUAAAUAUGUUAUUUGUCCUUGCAGAUAAGCCUGCUUGUAGGCUGCAAGGUAAAUCAAAAUAUGCUGAGUUUUUAAAGGACGGAGAUAUAAUAAUUGGUGGAAUUUUCUCCUUUCAUGAUUCUGUUGUAGAUGAUAAACAAGCAUUUGAAUCAUUACCUGAACCUUUGAAAUGUAAAGGUUUGAAUUUCAGACAGUUCCAAUUAGCUGAAACUAUGAUGUUUGCCAUAGAAGAAAUAAACAAUGAUGCAGAAAUACUUCCUGGCAUUUCUUUGGGAUAUAACAUAUAUGACGACUGCAGUUCUAUACUUUUGGCUAUCCAAACAGCAAUGGCUUUAGCAAAUGGACAGGAGGAAACCAUUUAUACAAAUGAAAUUUGCACCAAACUGUCAGCAGUUGCUAUAAUAGGACAUUCUGGCUCAUCUUUAAGCAUUGGGAGUGUUACAGCGACCAGGGCAUUCAACAUACCAAUGGUAAGUUAUUUUGCCACUUGUGCAUGCCUCAGUAACAGAAGAGAAUUUCCAACAUUUUUCCGGACAAUUCCCAGUGACUACUACCAAAGCAGAGCCCUGGCUCAACUAGUAAAACAUUUUGGAUGGACUUGGAUUGGCACAAUAAGAACUGACAAUGAUUAUGGUAAUGGUGCCAUGGCAACAUUUCUUCAAGAGGUUCAGAAGGAAGGUAUAUGCAUUGAAUAUACAGAAGCCAUAUACAGAAACUACCCAAGAGAAAGAAUUCUGAAAAUUGUUGAUCUAAUUAAAAUGUCAUCUUCUAGGGUAAUUGUAGCUUUUACAACAGCCAUAGAUUUACAAUAUUUAGUUAAAGAGCUCCUGCUUCAGAAUGUUACAGGACUGCAGUGGAUAGGAAGUGAAGGCUGGAUUGCAAAUAAGAACAUAAUCACUGCUGAAAGUUAUAGUGUGCUGGGUGGGGCGAUUGGAUUUGCAAUCAGAAAUGCCAUUAUACCAGGACUUCAGGAGCAUCUGUUGAGAGUAAAGCCAUCAAGUGCAACGGAACACACUGUAGUGAAUGAACUUUGGGAAAAUAUAUUUGGUUGUACAAUGGCCACACAAGAAAAUACUUCAAAUUCUAAUAUGUGCACAGGAACGGAGAAUUUAAUGAAAGUGAAUAAUUUGUACACAGAUAUGUCAGAGCUAAGAAUUCCCAAUAAUGUUUACAAGGCGGUAUAUGCUGUAGCUUAUGCAUUACACAAUCUUUAUUUGAGUCAAGACAAUGAAGGACCUUUGGAAAAGCUAUAUAUUGAGCCAUGGCAGGUUUUGCAUUAUAUGAAAAGAGUUAACUUCACAACAAGGAAUGGAGAGAAUGUCUAUUUCAAUGAACAAGGUGAUACAGCAGCUAGCUAUGAAUUAAUUAACUGGCGCUUAAAUUCAGAUGGAAAGGCACAUUUUGUAACCGUUGGUCUCUAUGAUGCCUCUCUACCAGAAGGAAAGGAAUUUGUAAUGAAUAACUUUGGUAUUGUUUGGGCAAGAGGUCAAAAACAGGUACCACAUUCAGUGUGUAGUGAAAGUUGCCAUCCUGGCACUCGCAAAGCAGCGCGGAGAGGAAGGCCUCUCUGUUGUUUUGACUGCAUUCCAUGUGCUGAUGGGGAAUUCAGCAACAUAUCUGAUUCAAGCAACUGUAUGAAGUGUCCUCCAGAAUAUAAAUCUAAUCAACAAAGAGAUAAAUGCAUAUUAAAAGAAAUUGAAUUUUUAUCCUUCUUUGAAAUUAUGGGAAUAUUACUAAUUACAUUUUCAUUUUUUGGUACAUGCUUGACAAUGACUAUAGCAGUCAUCUUCUUUUGGCACAGAGAUACACCAGUUGUGAAGGCUAAUAAUUCAGAGCUGAGCUUUCUACUGCUGUUCUCUUUAACUCUGUGUUUUACCUGUUCACUUACCUUCAUUGGUCAGCCUUCAGACUGGUCCUGUAUUUUGCGCCAUAUUGCUUUUGGGAUCACGUUUGUUCUCUGCAUUUCUUGUGUACUGGGGAAAACAAUUGUGGUGCUAAUGGCUUUCAGGGCCACACUGCCAGGCAGCAAUGUUAUGAAGUGGUUUGGGCCAAAGCAACAGCGAUUGUGUGUUUCAGCUUUAACAUUCAUACAGGUUUUAAUUUGCUCUCUUUGGUUAUUUCUGUCUCCACCUUUCCCUGUUAAAAACAUGGAAUUUUAUAAAGACAAAGUUAUCUUGGAAUGUAAUUUGGGAUCUGUAGCAGCCUUUUCUGCUGUUUUAGGAUACAUUGGAUUGCUCUCUGUCAUAUGUUUUUUACUAGCCUUCCUAGCUCGCAAGCUCCCAGAUAACUUUAAUGAAGCCAAGUUCAUCACUUUCAGCAUGCUGAUAUUCUGCACUGUCUGGAUAACUUUUGUCCCUGCUUACAUCAGCUCCCCAGGAAAGUACACUGUAGCAGUUGAGAUAUUUGCAAUUUUGGCAUCUGCUUAUGGUCUGCUUUUCUGUAUUUUUACUCCUAAAAUGUACAUUAUAUUACUUAAGCCUGAGAAAAAUACAAAGAAAUAUCUGAUGGUAAAAAUCAAUAACAACUUACCGCGUCACCAUUCUUGUUUAUAUAGACAAAAGUAG